UACAGUUUAGUGUAGGCAUCUUGCGACCAAAAGGCUGGGCCGCAAUACAUCAUCACGUGUAGCGGGAUUCCACUGCUGUGAGCGUCAACCUGAUCGCUCAACCACAUUACUCUACGUCGUUGAUCAUGGGCGAGCGUUCAAGGAGCAGAUCGCCAGGGAGAAGGCUUGACAGGGAAAGGCCUGACAGGGAGCGGCCUAGAAAAAGUGGCGGGGGAGGUUUCCGAUGGAAGGACAAACGGCGCGAUGGCGACAGCAGACACGAUGCAGAUGAGCGCAGGUUAAAUCGAGGAUACAGAGAUAGAGAAGAACGGGCAAGAUCUCCACGACGUGACAGAGACACGUACAGACCUGAGGAUAGGAACAAGGAUAGCGAUCGUGACCGAAGGCGGCCUGAGGGUGAUGAGAGAGAGAGGAAGAAGAAAGAGAAGAAAGAAAAGAAGCCCGCCGUUCCUCAGUCCUCAGAACCCAUGAUUAUUGUGCAUGUGAAUGAUCGUCUUGGCUCGAAAGCUUCAAUUCCAUGUCUUGCAUCGGAUCCAAUCAAGCUUUUUAAGGCACAGGUUGCAGCACGUAUUGGACGUGAACCGCAUGAAAUCCUCCUCAAGCGCCAAGGGGAGCGUCCUUUCAAAGAUUUCCUAACCCUGGCCGACUACAGCAUUUCUUCGGGAAGCCAGCUUGAUCUGGAGGUCGGCACUGGUGAAUAAAUCGUUGUGUACACUAUACAGCUUUAGGUACCUGUGAGCAAAUUCGUUUUCGACUUCGCCGCUAUAGCUUGUGAGGUCUGUCAAGAUACAUCUGGUAUGU